AGCUACUCAUCACUCACCAGUAGCGCUACUACCGUUUCGUUUGGGACUGGCUACGUGCCUGUUCCAAGUUACGCCCACGAGCGGAGCGACCCGUGCGAUCGAUGAGCGAGGGCGCGCGGAACACGCGGCAGUUCCGCGGCGCGUGGAGCGGCGGCGGCGGGACGGGUGGCAUUGGCAGCGCGAGCUACCGGGAUGGCGACGGCGGCAUUGGGUCCCCGCGCUACAGGGGCGUCAACACGGGGAUCCUGGACGAGCAGGUGCUGUCGCUGGUGUUCCGCUCCAUCAACUGGGACCCGCAGGCGCUCUGCACGGCGGCGAGCGUCAACCGCCGGCUCCGCGCCGUCGCUGAGCGCGUGCUCUGGCGGGAGCUCUGCAUCUCGCGCGCGCCGCGUAUGGUGGCGUCGCUCACGGCGGCCGCGGGGGUCGGAGUCGGAGCCGCCCCGCCGCCUCCGGGGCGCAUUGGCGGCGGGUGGCCGGCGCUGGCGAAGCUGCUCUCCUUCUGCUGCGGCGCCGCGGGGACGGCCGUGGCGGUGCCGGGGCACCUCACGCGGGUGUCGCGCUUCUCCAAGACCUCCGGGCGGAGCUUCCUGUCGCGGCGGUGCAGGAGCGACAUGCUGUACGUGUCCGACCCGUGCGAGCACGCGGUGCCCGGCGCGGACGACGACCUCGGCGCCUACCGCGGGGUGUUCCGGUGGUUCAUGCGGUCGCGGACGCGGGCCUGCCUGCUGGGCCACCAGGCCGAGCUCGACCCGCGCGUGCGCUGCCCCUACUGCGGCGCGCGCGUCUGGAACAUGGUCGCCGCGAACCUCGUGCCGCGCGGCGCGUCGCGCCGGAUGGGCUCGGACGAGGGCCGGCUCGAGUACUACGUCUGCGUCAGCGGCCACGUCCACGGCAACUGCUGGCUCGCGCAUCUCACCUCAAGUGAAGGCGAACACGACGACGACCCCGACUCCGACGACGCGUCGGAGGGUGGCAGCGGCUGGGACGGCCAUGUCGCCCCGUGAGCGUGGUUGGUCCGCUACCGUGUGGUCAAUUUUCCAUGGAUUGUCAGCAGAGGGCGGGCUACACCAUCAGCACUGCGGCACGUAGCUAGCUAGAUUACUCGAUGUAGAUCAGAGGAUGAAAUGGCCGGCAGCCUCUGAUCAGAGGAGUACUUAUUUCUAGAGAGUAUCAUCUUUGCGUGCUCUGAUCUCGUUUGUGUUCAUUAAUAUUCUGUUGCUGCUUUGCCGGCUUUGUUUUACUCUCCUCUGUUUCCCUUCAGGCUGCUGUGUUUUUAGUUAUGCACCUUUGUUUACCUAGAUUACCAUCAUAGUCAGUAUGCUAUUUUUGGAAUGCUCCACGCGUGAUCUCUAUCACCCACACUUU